AUGGAUGUGAUUGGACCGAUAGAACCAAAAGCAUCGAAUGGUCACAGGUUCAUCUUGGUGGCCAUUGAUUAUUUUACAAAGUGGGUAGAAGCAAUAACUUUUAAGUCAGUAACCAAGAAGGUCGUGGUGGAUUUCAUCCAUUUCAACAUCAUCUGUCGGUUUGGUAUUCCAAAGAUUGAGCAUCGAAAUUCGGCUCCAUAUCGCCCAAAGGUAAACGGGGCUAUAGAAGCUGCUAACAAAAAUAUAAAAAAGAUACUUCGUAAGAUGGUGCAAAGUUCUCGACAAUGGCAUGAAAAGUUGCCUUUAGCUUUGUUGGAUUAUCGCACUACAGUCCGUACGUCAGUGGGCGCUACUCCAUAUUCACUAGUAUACAGGACUGAGGCAGUUAUACCUGCAGAGAUUGAGAUCUCAUCUUUACGAAUUGUUGUGGAGGCUGAAAUUGAUGAUGAUGAGUGGAUCAAAAAACUCGGUUAG